AUGAUCGACAAGUCGACACUGACGGCAAACGCAAACGCCGAACCGUCUUCGGUUCCCUGGUGGGCUGCUUUCCCCGAGCCCAAGGCGAACUGCCAUAGCCUCGAGGCGGCCGAUGUGAAGCAGCUCAUAGAGAGCCAUGCCUCGCUCGGCGCGAAUGGCGACAGGGGCUUCCUCCUCGUCGAUGUCCGUCGGACCGAUUGGGAGGGCGGCACGGUGACGACAUCCAUCAACCUCCCCGCCCACACGCUGUAUCAGACUCGUCCGGUCGUCUACCAGCUGUGCAAGCAAGCGGGCAUCAAGACCAUCAUUUUCUACUGCGGGAGUUCGAACGGCCGAGGACCCAGAUGUGCUGGCUGGAUGCAGGACUACCUCAACGAGGUCGGCGAGGCGAGCAUGACGGCGGCAAUCUUGAAGGGGGGGAUCAAGGGCUGGCAGAGAGUAUAUGGCGGCCAGAUGAUGGACGCGUACGAUAAAAAGUUCUGGCAGCAGGAGCCAAGCUCGUAG